UAAGUAAUGUAUCAAUUAUUAACAUAAGUUGAUGAAUUUUCGGUAACAAUUAUAUCAUCAACAUAUAUAAGUAUUUAUAUCAUCAAAAAGGGGUGUAUCAUUUUGGGCACAUGGUUUUAGUUUGGCAAGCCACGUAAGUCAGGGAGGUCUCUUGACAUAAAUUGAAGUCUACAUUUCGACGGUGUUGGCCGAAGCUCGAAAGGACCAGACGUGGAAGAAAAACAAAAUAUAGGAACCUAAAACAUAGGAAUUUUAAUAAUUGUUAUAAAUCCGUCUCUUUUAGCUAACAACAUGGACCAAUUGUGUAAUUUUGUCAUAUUAUAUUAUCAAAAUAUAAAUAUAAAUAUAUAGAUAGUUAGAUAAAGUUCUUUAUUAAAUAAGUAUAAAAAUAUAAAGCAAGUAGUAUUAAAAAGUUAGGUUAAAAAGGGGUUACGACAGACAGCCCGCGUCACCACUUUUCAAUUCCCGCUCUCCCAAUCGCAAAAAUACCAUGGUCGGCGAUUCAUCGGCCUCCGUCCGACUUCCGGCACUCCUCCUCCUACUCACUUUCUUGAACUCUGCCUGUUUCGUUGUUUCAGGAGAGUUUCCUUCUCUAACUGUUUCAGAGUAUGCUUCAUUACAAAUAUCCCCAAAAUUGGCAGUGGAAAACUCACCAGGUUCAAGACCUGGAUCCCAAGUGGUUUGUGAAAGAGUAGAAAUUCAUGGCUUGUCAAGGUUCAGAAACCUCACAAGUUUCUUCUCUUCAGUGAAGGUGAAGGCUAUAAUCGUAAAUUCCACUGGUCGUCCUCCAAAUGUUACCAUCUGUUUCCACAGGAAUGCAUCUCUUGCAGUGGGGAUGUGUCAUGAAAGUCAAUGGGAGAAACUUACGAAAGGGUCAUGGAUUAAAUCCAUGUCCCCAUUUGAUCACAAGCUUUUGGAUAUACGAAUAGUGGGCCCUUCUGAAGGAACUAUUGAGAUCUUACUGAACAAAGAAUUUUAUUCCUACAGAAUUGUAUUUCUGGUACUUGGAAUAACACUGAUGACAUUUGCAUCCUCUUUGAGCAACUCUUUAGUAGUCUACUAUGGUGGUGCAAUGACAUUAGGGGUUCUACUUGUUGUGUUGGUGAUCCUCUUUCAGGGAAUGAGGAUCCUUCCAAGUGGUCGAAAGAGUUCACUUGCAUUAGUUCUAUAUGGAUCCAUUGUUGGAGUCGGAUCCUUUCUGUUUAGCUACUUACCUACAUUAUUCAACUCACUACUCAUGGAAAUGGGAAUCAGUGAAGAUGUAUACAGUCCUAUAGCAGUAUUCCUACUAGCUUUCAUUGUUCUUUUGGGAGCAUGGUUAGGGUUUUGGGCUGUUCGUAAGCUUGUCCUUACAGAAGAUGGAUCAAUCGAUACAGGUGUGGCCCACUUUGUUUCAUGGUCCUUCCGGAUUUUAGCAUCCAGUAUGAUUCUUCAGAGUUCAGUGGAUCCUUUAUUAGCAGUUGCAGCAUGGGUUUGUGGAAUACUUGUUCCAUCAGCUUUUAAGUGGUUCCUUAAAGUGUUGUUGGAAACAAACAAGGUGAAGCAUAGAGGAUCUUACAAGAAGGUUUCUAAUGAAGAGGAUCAUGGAAUCAUCCAUAAGUUAGAGGACAAAAACACGUUCUAUUCGAGCUUUCAUGACACACGUGAAAGAAGACAAUACUCGAAGGAGGAAUGGGAUGAAUUUACUAAAAUGUCCACCAAGAAAGCACUUGAAAGUCUUGUGUGUUCACCGGAUUUUAACCGAUGGGCUGUUGCUCAUGCGGAUAGAAUCACUUUACGUCCGAAAAACGACACCAGUCAGAGGCGACAAAGUUGGCUCCCAUGGUCUUGAUCAUCAUCUAGAUCUAGUUAUGAAAAUGCCAACUGUUUUGUUGUAACAAAUUGUUACCUUGAUUACAUUAUGGAUAAAUUGUUGUAUCACUGUGAUUCUUUAGGAGCUUUUAGUUUAACUUGUGUAGUUGGGUUUGAUAAAUUUGCUUUAGAACAUGUAAAUAAAUUAACUUCCUUUUGUGUGGCAUCA